CCUCUUCUAUUUCCUCCUCUUCUCCUCCUCCUCUUCUUCUCCUCCUCCUCCUCUGACCAGCUGCAGCCUUCAUCCUCAUCCUCCUCAUCCUCGGAGGAACAACACAAGGAGACCUCUGACCUUUAACCCCGCCCCCGCCCCCGGGUCACCAUGGCAACGGUCAUCUGCACUCGCUUCACCGAAGAGUAUCAGCUGUACGAGGAGCUGGGCAAGGGCGCGUUCUCUGUGGUGCGUCGCUGUGUGAAGGUUCUGUCUGGUCAGGAAUACGCCGCCAAGAUCAUCAACACCAAGAAACUCUCAGCCAGAGAUCAUCAGAAGUUGGACCGUGAAGCUCGAAUCUGUCGAUUACUGAAACACCCCAACAUUGUGAGGCUACAUGACAGUAUUUCAGAGGAGGCUCAUCAUUACCUCAUCUUUGACCUAGUAACGGGUGGAGAGUUGUUUGAAGACAUCGUUGCCAGAGAAUAUUACAGUGAAGCUGACGCCAGUCACUGUAUUCAGCAGAUUUUGGAGGCGGUGCUUCACUGCCAUCAGAUGGGCGUGGUCCACAGAGAUCUGAAGCCAGAGAACCUGCUGCUAGCUUCCAAGUCUAAAGGGGCGGCGGUGAAACUGGCCGACUUCGGUCUGGCCAUCGAGGUGGAGGGAGACCAGCAGGCCUGGUUCGGCUUUGCGGGGACUCCUGGUUACCUGUCUCCAGAGGUCCUGAGGAAGGAUCCUUACGGGAAGGCUGUGGACCUCUGGGCCUGUGGUGUGAUUCUGUACAUCUUAUUGGUGGGCUACCCUCCGUUCUGGGACGAGGACCAACAUCGUCUCUACCAGCAGAUCAAAGCUGGAGCCUAUGACUUUCCGUCUCCAGAGUGGGACACAGUGACUCCUGAAGCCAAAGACCUGAUCAACAAGAUGUUAACGAUUAAUCCAUCGAAGAGAAUUAAUGCAGCUGAAGCUCUGAAGCAUCCAUGGAUCUCUCAUCGUUCCACUGUGGCCUCCUGUAUGCAUCGCCAGGAAACCGUCGAGUGUCUGAAGAAGUUCAACGCCAGGAGGAAACUAAAGGGAGCCAUCCUCACCACCAUGUUGGCCACCAGGAACUUCUCCGGAGGAAAGAGCGGAAGCAACAAGAAGGCCGACGGCGUCAAGGAAUCAUCUGAAAGCACCAACACCACCAUAGAGGACGAAGACACCAGAGUGAGGAAGCAGGACAUCAUUAAAGUGACAGAGCAGCUCAUUGAAGCCAUCAGUAACGGAGACUUUGAGAGCUACACUAAAAUGUGCGACCCGGCCGUGACGGCGUUUGAACCUGAGGCGUUGGGGAAUCUGGUCGAGGGCCUCGACUUCCACCGCUUUUAUUUUGAAAACUUGUGGUCUAAGAACAGCAAGCCGGUCCACACCACCAUCCUGAACCCCCACAUCCACCUGGUGGGAGACGAAGCCGCCUGCAUCGCCUACAUCCGGGUCACGCAGUACAUCGACGCCAACGGGGCGCCACGUACCGCCCAAUCAGAGGAGACCAGGGUGUGGCAUCGCCGCGACGGGAAGUGGCAGAUCGUGCACUUCCACCGCUCAGGCUCCGCCUCCACGCUCACCAAGCGGCGCCGUCAUGUGACUUUGGAGCCGGAGUCAGCUAACUCCCAGAGUGGGCGGGUCUUCAAUGGAGCCGCCGUCACCUUGGCAACAGACUGAUUGACAGCAGGCAAGGCCACUCGGGAUUAGUUUGAGAAGUUUGAGGAGAAGACGAUGGGGCCACGAAGCUUCAGUAGAGAACUGUACAAUCAAUCAAUCAAUCGACUAACGAGCCAAUCAGCUUCCUCCAAUCUGCAGCUGGGACUUUCCUUCAGCCACACCCACUCCAUUAUUAGCCAAUCAGCUGCAGAGUUCAUAAUAAUGUGUGGAAACCUUGUAUCUUCCCUUCAGUUGAAAGACUCCUCCACUAACCUGGUGCUUAGCUUAGCUUAGCUUAGCUUAGCACAAACACUGAAAGCAGGUUUCUAAAAUCAGGUUGUUUUUUAUCGACUGACCUUUCCAAUAAAAAGGGGGUUAGGGUUAGAGCUCGUUAGCAUAGAGUUGUUAGCUAGUGAGCUAGCCUAAGAUACCAGUGGGAGAUACAAGGUUUCCUCUAGAGUCUAAAACUAACGUAUAUAAAGUAAUACGUGUGAGAGCUGCUGAUCAAUAACGAAUCAUGAAUAAUUAGUAAUUAAUGAGUAGAUGUGACGUGUGGUGGAGGUUUAUUGAUCGGCUUCUCUCCGAUGUGUCUGAUGAUCCAUCAGAUGAAAGUGUCCAGGUUCAGACUCUUUGCUUCCACCGGGCUCCACCGGGCCUGCGAUCUUCCACAAAUAGCCACACCUCCACUCAGAUCAGCCACGCCUUCCCUUAACGAGAAACACCACGAGGUUCCUUAACGAGCUAUCCGACCUCCUCCAGUGUUUUUAGGCUCAGACCUGGUGAUUCACUGGGAUGCAGAACACUAGUCCAUCCACUCCAUGCUAAUUUUAGCACAUGUUAGCAUCCUUAGUGAUCAUUAGCUAGCUGCAUGAGUAAGUGAUGAUUGCUAAUGAUUCGAAAAGCAUGUUCCUCUUUCCUCUAGCCCCAAGCUAACAUGCUAACUAGUUGCUAAGAUGAGGAGGACAUUUUUAGCAUUGUUAGCGAUGGCUUCUUUCCCUGCAGUAGAUCCAUUUUUUCUGGUUCAGACUGUUGUCGUUCUAGAGAUGCGGAAUAGUGGCUCAUCAAAGUCCUGGACGAGUCAAAGACCUGUUAGCGAUCAUUAGCUGCUCCUGUAGCCACAAGCUAACAUGCUAGCUAGUAGCUAGCAGGAGGAAGACACUUUUAGAAGUGUUAGCAAUCAUUAGUUGCUCCUGCAGCCAUGAGCUACCAUGCUAGCUAGUGUUGCCCCCCCCCCCCCAUGGUGCUGGUCUGUCGGGGGUGUGGUCCCUGAGUGAAACCUCAUAUCUCUGUUCUGUAGUUGUUGUCGACCUUUAACCUUCUGAAAAUAGAAACCUGCAUCUUGGAUUGUGAAGUGAAACCUUGGGCUCAGUGGUGAAGAUGUUUGGUUUAGUGUGAACGUGUGCACGGAGCGUUAGCAUCUCUUCCUCUUCAGUGACUCUGGUGUUUGCUGCAUGCUGGACUUGACUUUGUGUUUCGUGUUUUGGCUUCAGCCUCGGUUGCCGUGUUUUUCUGGCGUUGUUUUGGCUUUUUUUUUUUUUUUCA